GCCGCGUUACACAAUUGAACAGCUAAGUCAAGAUGGCGGCCAUUGCAAAACAAAACAUUGGCAUUGAAAGCGACCUGUUUUCAAGCCUUAGCUCAGAAGUCCUAAGUAUAAUACUCUCAUAUCUGCCAGCUAAGACUCUCCUUAAUCUCAGCGAAACAUGUAGACGAUUCAAAGAACUUUGUUUUGAAUGUGACACUCUGUGGAAAGACCUUUGCAAGACUGAUUACAAGGUGUCUUUACUUGCUAAAGGGAACUUCCGUUCCUAUCACAUGAUCUACCAACUGAUCUACAAGUGCCGCAUCAUUCUUAUAGACACAGAUUACUCCACCUACAGUGGGUGUCUCCCAGACUGGCUGUACUACUGGAGCGCACUUGGAUCUAAACCCCCUCUUAUAGGCUUCUGGAGUCUGCCUGCAGGGAGGACAAAAAAGACCUGGGGUCUAACAGAUGAAGAUCUUGCCAAUUGGCUAAGUGACAAGAAGAAUUUGAAGCCAGAUGAGGUGCGGCUUGAAAGAUACUACACAUGGUACGAUGGCAUGCAAGCUUCUAUUUAUAAGCAUGGAAGUCUGAAGAAGUUCCAGGAGGUUGCUCUAAAGCGGUGCAUUCGCAGCAGAAAACAGAUCCUGACCAAUUUCCCUCAGUCUGCUAGGUCUCAGAGAAAACGAAAUUUUCAGAGAUUUCAGAACGAACAUAACCAUUUGAAGGAGUUUCUUGCCAAACAGAAGGGAAAUGCUGAGCAUUUAUGCUACUCCAAACCAAAAAAGAUUGGUCGGGACUACAUUGAAGGGCUUUUACACAAGAGUGGGAAGAAACAGCUGUACAGUUUUGUGGAGUUCAUCCAGGAGUGCAAGGAUAGGUGUAGCGCUUCCACACCCUAUCUACUCAAGGAUGUCCCCAAGUGUGUGUCACGGGUAUAUAAGAUGUGCAGUGAUGUGUAUGAGCGUCAUGUGCAAGCAAGUGAACUGCUAGCUCUUUCAGACAAAUACAUGGCAAGGGCACAGGAAGUAUGGGACUGGCAAAGUGCCAAUGGACUGGACUACAUGAAGAAGUACCGCAGCUGCAAAGUGGUGAAAGCCCAUCUUGCAUUCAAAGAGUAUGUUUGUCAUGGCAACGAACACGACUUUGAAUGUCUCAGACUGCACUUCGAGGGACUUGAAUCCUUAUCUAUUUGGCUAGAGAGCAACCAAUGGGUCACCAAGCUUAUUGACUCAUCUUUGGUUCAAAUUCUGCAAGAUGUGUCUACAGAAAAACCCUGCAAAGACCCAGAUGGCCAGACAAUCAAGAGACUAGUCCGACGAUACUUGAAAACCGGACGUAAGGAGGACUUUGAUAAGGUGUUGAAGAAACUUUGCGAGAAGGCGAACGAGUUUUUGACUGUACAUAGAGCCCACGUGGAUGAGUUGGAACGAACACUAGGAAGCAACUCAUCGCCAAUAAACACGACGUCUUAAUAAGAUAUAAUCCAGAAUUGUACAGAUUACUAACACUUUAAUAUUAUACCCUGAUGAUGAGGGAUGAGGGGUUCCUAAGACAAUAAUAAUGAGGUAUGAUUAGUAUUUUUGUGUUAUUUUUUUUUUUUUUUUGUUAUUGUAGAAAAGAUACCAGAAUUUACCAAAACGUUGGUUUACAAUUAUAAAAGAUUAUAUGGUUUUAUGGAUUUUGAAUACAAAUAUAUUUACUAACCACG